ACACAGCUUCAAACGCUUAUUAAAUCAACUUGAAGUAGUCUUGUUUAUUCUCGUGCUCGUUUGAACUUUUCGUUGCGCGUUGAAUUUGAAAUUUUCUUUGUUUUUCACAUUUCGAAGACGAGAGUGAGCAUUUUAAAAUAACAUUGAUUUUGUACCUAUUUUUUUAUUCAUUUUUUUUUUUUUUUGGGUACUCGAACAUCGUGUUUUUUUUUCUUCUUGCAUAUGCAUCGCGUUUAUUAUCACAAAUGUUAUCUUAUUUGUAUAUACGGUAUUCGAUAAAUUUAUUAGUUUAAGGUUUGUUCGGCAUUUCAUCGUAUUUUAAUGCGGUAGUUACUAGUUACCUAUACAGUAGUCUCAUAAACAGUGCGGUUAUGAUAGGUUUCGAGAAAAUAAUGGAUACCUAUUGACGCGAUGGUGGAUUUUACAACCCUUAUGGUAAACAUGCCCGCUACCUUGGUGAUUUUUCUAGUCUUAAAUUUAAUCGCGUGUACAUUUUGCAACGAUAUGAUUAAUUCGCACGUCUCGUCGACGUACGAUUGGGAUUCUCGUAGCUCUUCGGUCACUGCCACUUGUAUAAAUAUCCCUAAGAACCUAUCCUUAUGCAAUAAUAUCGGUUACGAUCGUAUGCGACUGCCUAAUUUACUGCUGCAUGACACCUUGACCGAAGUAUCUCAACAAGCCGCCUCCUGGGUGCCUUUGCUCAACGUCAGGUGUCAUCCGGAUACUCAGCGAUUCAUUUGCUCUUUAUUCUGCCCGGUUUGCCUGGAUCAUGCCAUCUAUCCUUGUCGUAGUCUGUGCGAGAAGGUGAAAGCUGGAUGCGAGGUUCGUAUGAAAGCUUACGGGUAUCCUUGGCCGGAUAUGUUCGCUUGUUCGUCGUUUCCUCAAGAUAAUGAUAUGUGCAUUACGUCGGAGUCGGCGUCUAAUUCGUCCUCAGAGGAAAAAUGUAAAAUUUGCGAACAAGUUAAUACGGUGGAAAAUAUCCUAGAUUAUUACUGCCAGUCUGCUUUUGCGGUGCGAGGUAAAUUGAAAAAAUACCAACAUAAUUUAUUCAUUUUCAAGAAAGUCAAAUUAUUCAAAACGAACAACGAAUUGAAAAAGGAAUUCAACGGUGAACAGUUCCAUUUCAAUUUAACCGAAGAGUGUUGUAGGGAGAAAUUGAAACUAGAUCGAGGCACGUAUUUUAUAAUGGGAAAUUACCAAGAUGAAAAGCUCGUUCCUACUUUCAUCAUGCCUUGGGUGGUGAAACAGUCGAAGCCGUUCAAAAAAUCCAUCAGAAUGCUCAAGACUAUCAACUGUACAAAUCCGGAUGCCAUAACUCAUUCAGUCAUCGAAACCACGCCUAAGGCUCCUCUCUCUCAUCGUAAAGGUUCCAAGAAACAAUCUAAAAAGACCGAAACUUCCCCAUCUUCGUCAGAGUCAUCUACAUCUCAACCGAAAUCCAAGAAAAAUCGUAAAAUACCAAAAUAAUCUCUCGUUUAUGUGUGUGUUAUUUUUAAAAUUACGCUACUUCUUUAUGUAAGUACCUAGACCUACGUAUGUGUAUUUGUAUUUCGCGUAAUAAUAUUUUUAUAAUUUUUUACUCGUCAUUUUUUUUAAGUAGGUAUUUUAUAUGGUAUCAGAAUCGAGCCAUAAGUACAAAUUUGCAUACCUUUUUAUGCGAAAAAAAAUUCAAUUCAAAAAAUAGUUCCAUUUUGUUUGCUCAAGCAUUUUUAUAAAUAAGAUUGUAGUAUAGUUUAGGUAAAAACAAUUGAGCUCAUAAUCAGGCCUAAAUUUUAGUUUCCAAAAGAGUGAUAUACAUUGUACAUAAUUAUGUAUUUAACUGACACUGCCCAAUUUUAUUCUUCUAAUGAAUUAGAAACAUAAUAUGUAGCUUCUUGAUGAGAUCCAACUUACGUUCUACAGACACAUCAAUCUCAAUCAAACAGCUUUUCAGAAAUUGACGAGAAAAAAAAGAAGAAAAAAAAUACAACACAACUAUUUCACUAUACGAAAGUUCAUCUGAUAUCGAAAUUUAUUACACACGAAGCAAUGAACUACGAAAAAACAAUUUGGUAUGAUAUUUUCAUAUAAAUUAAAAAAAAAAAAUGUUUCUAAUACUGUAAAAUAAAUAACAAUAUAAUAUUUUCAUGAA